AUGCCUACCGACGAGGCUCCCACCCUUCGAAGACGAGCAUCCUCCGGUGCCUCUGCCUCGAGCAGCAAUAACGAUGCCAGCACUAGUGUGGCAUCCAGUCGCCCAAAGCGACGUUCUCGUGGAUUGCCAAUGGGCUCUACGACUCCACCACGACGAAGAAGCAGUCGGGACAACGCCCCGCCAAAGGUGGAAACACCUCCCGAAUACAAGAAACCUGCUGCUGCUGCUUCUCAGAAACCUGCCGUUGACACCAAGAAAACCACCUCAUCUAGAAGCAGCACACGAUCGUCCCGACGAUCCUCGGCUCGCAACAAGACCUCUCCCAAAUCGAGUCCUCAGCAACCACAACAACCAGAAUUCAAGAUUACGCAGGAAGAUCCUGGAUCAUUGUUAGCAGCAGUCAUCAAGAAAAAGUCUGUUACGGUUCAAUUGAAACUCAAUGAUGAAGUUUACAAUUUCGAUUCAUCAUCGCCGUUGAAACAGGAAGAAGAAGUACCACAAGAAUCGACGACGCGCAUCAAAACGGAACCAUUCGAAGAUGCUGAGUCUUCACCAAAAGAAGAAGAAUUAUCCACACCAUCCUCCAGCAAGACGAAUGGAAAGGAAGGAGGAGAAGACGGAUCAUCUUUUACAACUCCCAGGGCCAGCAAACGCCAGAAACUAAAUAAGGACUCCCCCAAAGAAAUGGUUGAAAAAGAAGACAAUGGGAGCGGCCAAGAACCAAAAGACCAAGCGGAAGAAGAACAAGAAUCUCCAAGACGCCGCAGCAAACGAUCCGCUUCCAUUGCAUCGGUUUCGGAAUCAAUGAAAUCGUCUCCCGAUAAAGAAGAUCAAGACGACGACGAUAAUAGUAUGGACGAAGAAGACGAUAGUGGGCAAGAUAAUGGGGAAGAAGGAGACGACGAUGAUGAUAAUAUGGAGGAAGAUGAUGAUCAGGAAGAUGAUCAGGAAGACGGGGACGAAGAUGAUGAAGACGGGGACGAAGCUGACCAAGAAGACGAUGACGACGACGACGACAACGACGACAAGGAAGGAGAAGAGGACCAAGUAGGAGAAGAGGACGAAGAAUCAAAGAACUCCAAGGAUUUAGCCAAACGAUCCAGUCCUCGGAUUAUCAAAAAGACAAAAUCUGUCACAAACCGCAGAAGAGCGUCCUUGCCAACUUCCUCUCGAUCACCAUCUUCGAGAAUUGAAACGGCCAAACGAAAGAAGAAAAAGAAGAAGGAAAAGGAAACGGAAUCGGAAGAAAGCAGGGCCAAACAAAAGUCCAGCCGCACCAAGAAAUCACCGAAAAGUUCGCCAUCUUCUAGUAAAGGAAGCAGCAGCAGCAAGUCUAAUAGACCAAACUCUCCAGUGUCACGUUCCUCUCCUUCCAAACAUCACCAUCGACAGGUCAUGAAUUAUGGGGCCAAUGCAACUCCUGCCUUUUACUUUUUUCUCGCCGAGAAUCGAUCCAAAUUGGAGCGUUCGUUGAGUCGCAGACAUCGAUACUUUACCAGACUGCCAAAGGGAUACGAACGAAACGAACUUGUGGCCAAAGAAGCUGCUGCAUGGUGGCUCAAAUUGAAGGAUUCCGAAAUGCGUCGAUUUAUGAACCUGUCCAUGAGAGACAUGGAAGAACGCAUCACGGAAUGGAAGGAAGCCAAGAAUAUUCAAAACAUGACGGCUCAAAACGAUCUGGCGGCCUACGAAGAUCCAUCUGAAUUAACACCUGAGGAUGAGCUGAUGACUUUUGAACGGCACAAUCGCCUUUUUUUGGGAACCACGGUGGGUUGCAAACCCUACAAACCCGAAUCUGGAGUCAGCCACAAUAGGAUCUUGCUAGAACUCUUGCAAGACAUGAGAUUCCAUCCGGCUCCCAUGUUCAUUCCAAAUCGAGACGAGGUGGAAUAUGGUCAAAUGGAUUUUUCUCGAGUUUCCAUUCCCUAUUUUGAUGUGCAUGGGCCUGUCUCGACUAGUAUGGGAGAUGACUGUCUGGGGUGCACUCGAGGAUGGGCACACUAUUGCAAUGUCCUCAAGCGAAAGGUACCAGCAGUGGAUCAUCGGGCUCGAUUGCAGCCGCCGCUUAGUUCUGUCAUUGCUACACGAGUCGGCUUGGGCCUCCAACCAAAACCACAGACCGCCCUGGAGGUGGAAGGGGCGACUCCUGAAAGUGUCAAGAAUCUGGAAAUGCUCACGGUCCAUGAAAAUGCCGAAGCAAAGAAAGCAAGAUGUCUGCCAUGCUACCACUUUGAAACUCUGUCGAAUCCUGCAGAUCGGUCGGAUGAUAUCGUCCGAUUCAUUGAAGAGACGGUUGCCAUGAAGGUAUCCGAGCCAACCAGACCUACGGAUCCCUCCCGACCUGAAAUUGGCAAAAAGGGCGCGAGUCGUGCUGCUCUUCCACUGAGCCGAAAGAGGAGUCAAGACGAGAUGCACGGUGGUGGUGCCCAGGAAAGCGUCUUUAACAAGUGUGGUCGAUGCCGAACCGUGAUUCAAACUGAUACUGGAUGCAUUCAAUGCCGCCGAGCCCAGCUGGUGAUCAAUCUCUCCAAGAAAGAUAGUGGAGAUCACAGAAUGGAAAAUGAGUCAGGAAACUAUCUCAAGGUUUCUACGCAAAUGCUUGGGAGAUUGACAAUGAAAGAAGGUGCCAUGGAUUACCAGUCUCCAGGAGAUGUGGCCAUUGCCCAAGGAAUUCUUCGACAACGCUGGACGCCAUUUGCAGUCUUACCGCCGCAGCCAAUCGAAUUCCCAAAGCCCAAGCAAAAGCGUACGCGAAGACAACCAGUCGAGGUCGAAGACAGCGAGGCUGAUUCUUCGGAUCCAGGCGAAUCCAUGCAAAGUGACAAGGUCUCAGUGGAAGACGAAAAGUCUGAUGGCACGGACGACAAAAUGGACGACAGUAGCCACGACGAAAUGAUGGAAGGCACGAGAACAAGACGUAAUCGAGCUAGCUCACAAGGUGGAGGAGAUUCUGAUACCCAAGAAGAGACGAUUGAUCGUCAGCUAAUGGCUCAGAAAAUGAAGGACGAAGCCAGUGAAUUGAACAAAAAGUGUGUUCAAACAGCAUGCUUCGGAAUUCUGCUUGGGCUAAUGAGAAGAGACCCUCUCCUCUUGUUUGCUUCUCCAGUAAGUGCGGAGGGCUACUCGACCAUUAUCAAGAACCCAAUUGAUUUUGGAAAGAUCAAGGCCAACGUAUUGGCGGAGAAUUACAACACACUGGGGUCUUUUGUUUCGGAUGCAAAGUUACUCUGCACGAAUGCUCUUAUUUACAACCCUCCUGGAUCAAUCUAUUGGAAGACAGCUAAGGAGUUACAAGACGUCUUGGGAGAAAUGCAAAAGAGGGCAAGUGAAUGGAUUAGAGAAAUCAAAGAUUGCCACGCGAAUGCUUGGAGGAAUGGUUCUAAAGUCAAGGUUGGCAUUGACGAAUCUGACCUUUAUGUAGAAGACGUAUUUGAAGAUCUUCGAACCAAAUGGCCCCAAGCCGUAGAAAUGCUGGAUGACAGAGAUCGGCUUCGCCAACAAUUGGAAUCGGACUUUAUGAGAACCAAGGAAAACGAAACAGCCUACUACGGCGGACUUGCCAUUCGUCGAGCCGCAAUCGCAGCUGAUGCUUCGCUAGCACCGUACCCAGAUCAAGCUGGUAUCUUCAACCCAGUCGGAAGAAGAAGUCACGUCGAAGACGAAAAUUUGCGAAAUAUGAUUAGUGAACGAGUUGCCGAGGCUGUUGAUCCUGUACAGCUCAAGGACAUUCCGAUGUGGAGGGAAGAAUCCAUUAUGCGCCUCCUCCGGCGUUCACAGAGCCGUCGAUUGGACGGACUCAUUGGCUCUGUGAAUGGAUGCGCUCGUUGUGAUGGAAUGAGAAUCGACCAAGAUUUGAAAACUGCAAUGACCGCCGAAACCAUUCGCUGGGGGCGUCAGAAGAAGAAGAACAGUGAGGUAUCUCGAGUCGUAGAAUCUCGCAUGCAUCUCAGCACUGGUAAUGCCAGCCAGAAGGCUGUCGAAGAGAUCAAGAAGCGACAGGAGUUAGCCUCGGAAAGUGAAUACAAUUCAAGCCAUGUCACCACCGCGGGAGCAGUGACGGUUAAGGGUAGCGGGAUUCAUGGUUGGGGUCUCUUUGCAGACCAGCCAUUUAAAGCUGGCGAGGUUGUGGCGGAGUAUAUUGGGGAGUACGUCAGCCCUGCAACCACCGAGGCGAGAGAAAGAAUGUACCAAGAGCAGAGGAUCCAGGAUUAUCAGUUCCGGAUUGACGAUCAUCUAGUGAUUGAUGCUACAAUGAAAGGUGGCCAUGGUCGAUACAUCAAUCACAGCUGUAGUCCAAACUGUAUUGCCAAGAUUAUUCGAGGGGAGACGCCGAACGAACAUUUGAAACGAGUGCUCAUUAUAGCUCAGCGGGACAUUGAUGCAAUGGAAGAGCUAUCCUACGAUUAUCAGUUCCCAUUGGAACUUGACUUGAAGGCUCGAAUUGCUUGCAACUGUCACUCGGAGCAAUGCCGUGGCUUUAUGAACUGGGACUUACCAGAGAAAGGAUCCAAUAGCCGUGUCUUCCGAUCACAGAAACGAGGUGCGAACAUGAGAGAUCGUAUUCGACGAUUGGGCCGACCUCUGAAGGGAGACAAGUAG